CACAGGGAGAGAGAAAGGGCGACGAGGAGACUGUCCUUCAGAGACCAGGGCUGGAGAGAGGAGUGAGGGCCCCUGUCUGGAGGGCCGGUGGCUUGAGGAAGAGGAGGACAUGGACGUCCGUCUGAUUGGUCUUGGGCUUCUGGUCUUGGGCUGCCUCGGCUCCUCGCAGAAACUUUCACCGAGAGGACGGAACGUGUGCCUGGACCACAGGGAUCCGUCCUCUCUAGUGUGCUGUGAUGGCUGGCGUCAGCAGGGAGACGAGUGUUCUAUCCCUCUGUGUGAGGGAGAGGGGGCCUGCCAGCAGGAUGAGGUGUGUGUCUAUCCAGGAAUGUGUCGCUGCAGACCUGGCUACUUUGGCGCUCAGUGCAAAACCUCCUGCCCUCCUGAGUUCUGGGCAUCCGACUGCCGUGAGCACUGCUUGUGCCACCCAAACGGGCGCUGCCACCCGGCUACGGGCGAGUGCACCUGCCUGCCCAACCGGUGGGGUCCGCUAUGCCAGCACGAGUGCAUGUGUGGCCGCCACGGCCACUGUGACCUACUGCACGGCAACUGCACCUGCGAUGAGGGCUGGUGGACGUCUACCUGCGGCAAGAUGUGCCACUGCUUCGAGCAGGGCACGACGACGUGCAUCCCAUCGAGCGGCCAGUGCGUGUGCAAGCAAGGCUACUACGGCCAGAAGUGCAGCCUGCGCUGCAACUGCUACCUGUCACCCUGUGACCAGAACACAGGCCACUGCCAGUGCGUGAGAGGCUGGUGGGGGCCGGGCUGUGACCGACACUGCAACUGUGACCUCAGCCACGGGGAGUGCGACCCUAGCAAUGGGGAGUGCGUGUGUGAGCCCGGUUACAAGAGCCCCGUGUGCCACGAGCCCUGCAGCCCUGGCUACCACGGCAGAGGAUGCCUGACGAGGUGUGGUCACUGUCUUAAGGGCGCUGCGUGUUCUGCAGUGGACGGCUCAUGUAAGGCCUGCGAUCCAGGCUGGAACGGAACGCGCUGUGACCAGCUCUGUCCCCUUGGAUUCUAUGGAGACCACUGUCGUAAAGCAUGUCCAACUUGCAAGAACCAAGAGGCCUGCGAUCCGGUGACAGGGGAGUGUUCUCACUGUAACCCCGGCUGGAUUGGCCCCAGGUGUGACAAUUUGUGUCCUGUGGGAACGUUUGGUGAUGGCUGCCGCUUUCAGUGCAGCCCCUGCUACUAUGGGCAAUGUAACCCUGUGGCAGGAAACUGCAUCUGUCAACCUGGUUUCCAGGGCGAGAGCUGCAACAGCACUUGUCCAGAUCACCUCUACGGUGUGAACUGCUCGUCUGUGUGUAACUGUGGUGAAGUGGGCUGCCAUCGUGUCUCAGGAGCGUGCCUCUACAGCUCCCAGGCAGGUCUCAUCAUGGGCCUUCUCAUCCUUGUGCUGCUUGUCCUCAUCGUACUGCUCUGCUGUUGCUGCUGCUGCUGUUCGGAAAAGGCUCCUACGGAUGGAAAAGAGAGGGUUUCCGUGGGAGACGGAGGUCCUGCCUUGCGAAUGAAACACCAUGUGUACAGUGUGUUGGCUACUGUCAGCUCAUCCAUACCUUGCACCAGCUUGUGGACAUCAGGGUUGCCCAGAGUCACAGUGUCUCACCACGAUCCUGAGCUCACGUUCAACCAUAGCUUCAUUGAGCCGCCCUCAUCUGGUUGGUUAACAGACAACUCAUUUGAGAGCGAUGAGGGAGAGGAGGGAGAGGCCUUAUACUGUGUUCCACCCAGAGAAGAUAUCUCCACUGUAGCGGGAGGGGAGUUCCAGGAGCUGAGCUCUAAGUGCAACAUGUUCCCUGACCCGUCGGCCUUCAGCUCUGAGGACAUGUCUCUGGCAUUCGGCAUCCCGCGCACCUCCAGCAUCGCCAAGUCCAAGCGCCCAUCUGUCUCCUUCGCCGAGGGCACCAAGUUCAGCCCCAAGGAGCGCCGUGGCUCGGGACAGGAGCUACCGGCUGUCGGCCGCAAGCCCAAGACCCCCUGGGGGGUCCUCAUGGUCUCUGCUCUCCAGAGCCGGGAAGAGGGUGGGAUGGACAGGGGUGACCAAGAGCCAGAGGUGGGUGAGAACUUCGUGGACGAGCAGACGACUGCGGAAGAUCCGGACGAUCCUGAGGCCGGGAGGUACGCUUCCGCACCCUCCCACAGCACUCUUGCUGUGCCUGGGAGCAGUCGGCGACGUACACUGUCAAACCCGACCAAGAAGAACGCCCAAACGCCGGCCCUGACCGGUAGCCACCAGUCGGAGGACGGGUUGGAUAAGGUGACCACUGUGUAUGUGACUGUGGGAAAAGCUUCGCAUGGGUCCAAGGCAGAGACCAGUUCGGAGGGGCCAGUACAGGCCAUGCUGCGCCGGCUGGGCAGCAUCCAGAGGCAGAGGGAAGAAGGCAGCAAGCCCAAGGCCCGUGGAGAGGCCAUCGUCAAGCCCCCGCGGAGGAAGCUGGGAGCACGGGCCGCAGUCUGGGAGCAGGUGGUGAGUACUGGAGGAGGGGGGAGCCCCCCUGGCGCUGUGCCCAUGAGGAAGCCCAGCCGCCGGAAGCACACAACCCUCAGCUCCCCCUGUCCCGUGAGCUCCAACGAGAGCUCACAGGAGGGCGUUGCCCCGAAGAGGCCACUGUCCUCCAUUUUGAAGAGCGUCCCAGAGUGGGUGGCUCCUGCAUCGCCGAGGAGAGACGUCCAGCUGGCCGAGCCCAGAGCUUGCUGCCCAGAUCCUCCAGGAGAGGACGGGUAUCUGACUGUGGGAACUGCACAAAUUGCGACCAACCUGAGGGAAGUCAUUGCCAAUGAAGUCAUUGUGGCCUGUGAUGAUGAUGUACCAAAGUAUGAAAAUGUCAUGCAUUAUGAAAGCAACCAUAGUAGUACCAAUUAUGAAAAUAUCCAUAAUAUCUGAUUACAUUUUACUUUUGCAAAUUAUUCUCCAUUUUUGUCUCUUGGUACUUGGUGUCACAAAACUACACAUAUAGGCACAGAUUUAACACAAGAUGAGACAGCAUUAAAAUCUGUCUUGUAACACAGGUUUGUAAGUCUGAUUAAUGUGUAUUUGUAAUGACACAGUAUUUUGUAAUGUACCUCUUUUGACUUAUGCCAAGUAAAAAUUAUUUAAACA